AUGCGAUUUCUUCGUGAAUUUUCCAGCAGCGCCAGAACAUGCAAAUCUGCUUGCUCGCUGGUGAAACCGGUUCAUCACCUUGUGAGAAUCAACAAAUCGCGGCUUUCGCCUCGUUUUAAGGAGCUGCAAUAUCCCAAAAACGACAUUCGGUCACCUGCGUUCAAACCUGUUUCAACACACCAAGACCGUGUUGACGACCAUUUCCACACCACUGUGCAACCGGACCUUCUUUUGAUCAACUAUUCGCACAACGCUCAAACAACAGUCGGUGUGAAAAAAAGAGAUUGGGAUUACUCGAGUCCUUACCAUCUAAAUCGACAACCACGUAAACCAAAAGGCUCUGCUGCGCAACUGCCGGAUCUACAUCCCAUUAAGUGGCAUAAUAUCCCAGCCCUCGAAUCCGUUGUUUUGAAUUGUUGCGUUCGGGAAUCCAAGGAAAACCAGUUGUUGCCAGUCAGUGCUGCUCUACAGCUGCAGCAACUUACCGGCACCAAGCCCCAGCCUGUUUACGCGAGAACUGACGUGCCAUCUUGGAAAGUGAGGAGAGGAACUCACAUGGGUGCGAAAGUGGAACUAAGGGGACGUCCCAUGACACAAUUUUUAAGUACAUUGACCGAGAUUGUUUUACCAAGAAUAAGAGAGUAUAAGGGUAUCAGCAACAAGUCUGGUAACCGCUUCGGUGGAUUGUCUUUCGGUUUGAGCGCCGAAGAUGUGAAAUUUUUCCCUGAGAUCGAGUCCAACCAAGAUUUGUGGCCCAAAACUUUCGGUAUGCAUAUCAACAUCAAUUCCUCUGCGCAAGAUGAUAUACAGGCAAGGACUUUAGUGAGCGGAUUUGGAUUCCCAUUCCACGGUCCUGAAAAGAUAAAGAGAUAG